AUGGCAUCUGUGCCAACGAUACCUGAAACUUCUAGCCACCUAUUAGCAGAAUUUGAAUGCCUCAGUCCAUUGCUUUCUGCCCUCAGGUUGGAUUCCAGUCGUCUGAAGUGCACAUGUCUUGCAGUAUCUCGAAAAUGGUUGGCUCUAGGUAGCUCAGGUGGAGGCCUGAACCUUAUCCAAAAAGAGAGCUGGAAACAGAGGCUGUUUCUCACUCAUAAGGAAGGUGCCAUUUCCUGUGUUGCCUUUUGUUUACACGAUGAAGACUAUAUUGCUGUCGCUACAAGUCAAGGCCUUGUUGUUGUCUGGGAACUGAAUCAGGAACGUCGUGGGAAGCCUGAAAGAAUUUAUGUUUCUUCAGAGCACAAAGGCAGAAAAAUAACAACUCUUUGUUGGGAUACAAAUACAGUUCGUGUUUUUGUUGGUGAUCAUGUAGGAAAAGUAUCGGCUAUCAAGAUUAAUACAUCGAAACAAGGAAAGGCCACAACUGCGUUUGUCAUGUUUCCAGUUCAGAUUAUAACCACCGUUGACUCUCGUGUGGUUCAGCUUGAUUAUUUGGAUGGAAAACUGCUUAUCUCUUCUCUUACUCGUUCUUAUUUAUGUGACACAGAGAGGGAGAAGUUUUGGAAAAUUGGAAACAAGGAGCGAGAUGGUGAAUACGGAGCCUGUUUUUUCCCAGCUGGGAAAAGUUGUGGAAGCCAGCAGCCAUUAAUAUAUUGUGCGCGGCCUGGUUCACGGAUGUGGGAGGUUAAUUUUGAUGGGGAGGUGUUGAGUACACAUCAGUUCAAACGCCUCCUGUCAUCACCACCUCUCCCUGUUAUUAAUCUAAGGGCAGAUCCGGAGUACAAUAUUGCCUGUUCUUCCCCUCAGUCUUUGGCCUUCCCUAGGCUCCUUUAUUUGAGUGACCAUUGCGUUAUGACAUGGACCGACAGAGGCAUUUAUAUUUUCCUUCCCCAAAAUGUCCAAGUUUUGCUAUGGAGUGAAAUGAAAGACAUCCAGGAUAUUGCAGUAUAUAAAAAUGAGCUCUUCUGUUUACACUCCAGUGGAAAAGUCUCUCAUCUCUCCCUUUUGACAGUGGAAAAAUGUGUGGACCGUAUGCUUAGAAGAAGCUUCUGGGGUCUUGCAGCCAAAAUCUGCUGCCUCUUUCAGAAUUCUGUUGUUUUGUGUCGGGCAAGAAAAGUUCUUCCAGUAGAUAAGCUAGAACAUCUGAAAUCACAGUUGGACCUUUCAACACAAAGUGAUAUCAUUAGUCAACUUGAAGAACUGAUUUCAAAGCUUGAACCUUUAGAUUCUGCAUGCAGUAGCAGGAGGAGCAGUAUUUCUUCACAUGAAAGUUUCAGUAUACUAGAUUCUGGAAUUUAUCGAGUUAUUAGUCGAAGAGGCAGUCAAUCCGAUGAGGAUUCUUGCUCACUGCAUAGCCAAAACUUAUCAGAAGAUGAAAGGACAAAGGAAUUUUCUGCACACCAGGAUGAAGAGCAGCUGGAACUUGACAGUGUAUCUCAUGCUUCUGUGGUGGUCGACACUGAUCGGAAUGAGACUUUUCUUCCAUUCAGCAUUCCAUUGUCAUUCCGUUCCCCAUCUCCUCUCGUCUCUCUUCAAGCUGUUAAGGACAGUGUUUCUAGUUUUGUACGUAAGACCACAGAGAAGAUAGAAAAGAUGGGUACCCUUCAUGUGAAUCCAGAGAGAGCCAGACUGGAUAAUAAUGAUGAAGAGCAACUGCAGCUGUCAGAGGUGACUGCUAAUGUAAUAACACACCCUCAAGAGGAAGAGAUGGCGCUGCAGAGCCAGUCUCAAGAAGAGAAUUAUCUUAAAGACCUCCAGGUAGCAACUAAAGAGGCUCUAACCAGACUCCAGGAUCCACUAAUUUUAUUGGAACCACAGUGUUUGAUGGAGGUUUUGCUUAACUGGAUUCCAUUUCUGGAAGAUGCAUUUGGAAUCAAGGUGCCUUCCAUUUCAGAAGAUAGCUCAUGCAAGACAGAUGAAGAGUCACCCUUGCACCCCGAAGUACAGCAAGUUUUUGAAGACAGUAUGGGAACAGAUAGUGAUCUCACAGAGGAUGAUCAGAGACCUGUCUCGAGAACAAACAAUGAAAAUGAUGCUGUAAAUAACAAACAGGGAGGCACUUCAGAUGGAAAUACUAGGGAAGGGUCAAGUAGAAACAAUCAGAUUGAUAAGAUGCUUUACCAAAAAGAAGAUAGACGAGAGACGGCCUUCAGCCAGUCCUUCCAGAGUUAUUCUCCCUGUUUCAUAGCACAAAAUAUGAAAAAGGAUCUGGUGGAGCUGACAACUUUAUGUUUUGAAUUAAAGGUAUAUGAGCGUAUACAAGUAAAUAAUGAACAGCAUGUACAGCCAGACACUUCCUGUGCUUUGACUUGUCAAUUCAUAAAGGACUACUUUUUCCUCUUGGAUUUGGAAAGGCUGAAGCAGUGUAUUAUCAUCUCACACAGCAAUCAUCCCCAAAUCUGGGAAACCUACGUAGAAGGACUGAAAGAAUUGACUCUGAAGAGCCCAGUCACUAUGGCCCUAGAAAAUGGAGAUAUGUUUAAAACUCUGAAAUUGCUAGUAGAUCUGGGCCCUUGGGAUGCUCCUGUAUUAUUGGCACACGCCCAAAGGCUUUAUGAAAAGUUUGGAGAAACUUCUCUAAGGCCCCUGAUCAAGUUUUAUCCAUCCAUUUUGCCUUCAGACAUCAAGCAAAUUUGUAAAAGCAAUCCUGAGCAUUUUCUCGCAUUUUUAGACAGUUUAAUCAAAUCAAAGGCUGAAGACGAACGGUUGUCUUUCCUGAGAUCUCUUCUCCAUCCUGAAUCGUUACGAUUGGAUUGGUUAUGUUUGGCAGUUUCUCAUGAUGCGCCAAAUGCAGCAAGUACCAGGGAUGCCCAAGGAAAUCCAAGGCCACGGUCACAUUUAUUUACUUGGGGAUAUAACCAACUGAUUUUACUAUUGCUUAAACUCCCGGCUGACACUAUAACAAAAGAGAAGAUGGCUGAAAUCUGCAAAAAUUAUGGCUUCUGGCCUGGAUAUCUUUCUCUGUGUUUGGAGCUGGAUAGAAGAGCUGAAACCCUUACUAAUGUUGUCUAUUUAGAUGACAUGAACUUGUUGGAUGGAGAACGUGGGGCAGUGCCAGAGACCGUGGAAGAAUGGAAGUUUCUUCUUGGUCUUGUAAAGAGUCACCACAGCAGUGUCCUUCAUCCGGCCAUGCAGAAUGGCGAUGCUGUUAGUAACGGUGCUCCAAAUUGGUCAAAUUGUGUUACUGUUGAGAACGUGGCUCUUGUGUUGGCCAAAAUAGUCGGCCCAGAUCGUGCUGCGCUCCUGUUGCAGGAAUGUGGCCUGAUGACUGAGUUAUCUGGAAAAUUUGCAAAAGUCUGUGAGAUACUCAGAAUUGCUGAAAAAAGGCAAAGAGCUCUGAUUCAGUCCAUGCUGGAAAGAUGUGAUCGAUUUUUGUGGUCUCAACAAGCGUAACAAAAAGUUAUGAAAGAUAAUGAUGGUUAUAAGACACACAU